AUAAUUUAUAGAACUUGUCUCCUCUGUCUCUCACUCUCUAUCCAAAAUUAAUUAAAACGAGGAGAAGAAGAAAAAAAGAAAGACAAAACUUUGUUAAUAAACCGACCCAGAAUCGUGGUCUUCAUAAUCUGUCUUUACCAUUUUCGUUGGAUUUCUUCAGACAGUAAUCAGAAUCAUUUACUUUCGUAUACAGAUUCAUUUUCUUCAAAACGUUUUAUUUGUUAAGGAAAAAAGUACAAAACUUUCGACUUUUGUUUUCCGGGUUUUGUCAAUAAUGGAUUCCGAUUCAUGGAGUGAUCGUCUCGCUUCAGCUACGAGGAGAUACCAGCUAGCUUUUCCAUCACGAUCUGAUACAUUCUUAGGGUUUGAAGAGAUAGAUGGAGAAGAAGAGUUCAGGGAAGAGUUUGCUUGCCCUUUCUGUUCUGACUAUUUUGAUAUUGUCUCUCUCUGCUGCCACAUAGAUGAAGAUCAUCCUAUGGAAGCCAAAAAUGGGGUAUGUCCAGUUUGUGCGGUUAGGGUGGGUGUUGACAUGGUUGCUCAUAUAACCCUUCAGCACGCUAAUAUUUUCAAGAUGCACCGCAAGAGAAAACCAAGAAGAGGCGGGUCAUAUUCCACAUUAUCGAUCUUAAGGAGAGAGUUUCCUGAUGGAAACUUUCAGAGCCUCUUUGGAGGAUCUUCGUGUAUAGUAUCGUCUUCCUCAUCAUCCAAUGUAGCUGCUGACCCAUUGUUAUCGUCGUUCAUUUCUCCUAUUGCUGAUGGGUUCUUCACCACGGAGUCAUGCAUAUCUGCAGAAACGGGUCCUGUCAAGAAAACAACUAUUCAGUGUUUACCCGAACAGUAUGCUUACUUCUUCUCAAUCAUUUUACUUUGCCUAACCUCUUGUUAGUAAAAAUCUGGUAUUUCAAGACUGAUUGAACCUAGAUGAUUCUAGGUUAUUUUAAGUGUUUGGUCUAUAACUUUCCAUUGGAACAUUUGCUUCAAUGUUUUACUUUUGGGCACACUUGGGAUUUAUGAGCCAAACUGAAACUCUUUGAUCAAGUUGAGUUCUUAUACCCAUAUAGGACAUGUAUGGAUCACUGAUGAAGGUUUUGUGGAUGAUAGGAAUGCGAAAAAAACUUCUCUUUCAGCUGAGGAUCACAAGCAGAAGUUGAAACGCAGUGAGUUUGUUCGAGAGCUAUUGAGCUCUACGAUUCUUGAUGACAGCUUAUAAUGGAGUAUCGCUUCUGGUAACUUGUCAGCAAUGAGGAAACUCCAUGUUCUGUCUCAGCAGGACAAAGUACGAAAUUAUUGUUUGUGGGGAGCAAAUAAAGGAGAGAGAUUAUGAAUGAGUGUAACCUAAGAACACAUUAGCUUCUGCGGUUAACGCCCCAAUUGCUUGUAGGUCAUGAGAAAAAAAACAAAAAUGUAUGUAUUUCACGUAUUCGCGUUCAAUUAUUCGUUUCCAGUUGUUUACUAGGAUAAGAAUGACCAUAUAUGUUGAAAAUUUGUCAUGGAAACGGCUUCAGAUUUUGUAGAGGCACAUUCUUCUGCAAUCAGAUUUAUAGCUUUAUUAUAGUUUCUGAAGCUCGUUAGUCGUUAAGCUGGGGUAUCCCCAAACUAAUCAACAACGAGACAAAAUUACACCAUUUACUGAUUGUGAUUAUCGAAAAACUUAGACACUGAAAAGAUAUGGUAGGGGCUGCGCGAACGCAAACCCCCGCUGCCACAAAUAAUGACGUAGGCUCUUCCUCUAGGGAAGACCUUAAGCAUAGCACCCUCCCGGUAUGUGCAAUGGGAGUCACUAGCCUAGGCCACUCGUCUUCUUGAUCGCGAGUUGACCCCGUCC